CGCGCGUGCGCGCGGCGGCGGCAGUCGCGAGACUGGUGGCCACGUAGCGCUGCGGCGGCAGUCAGUGGGUGAGGGGGGGAGGAGCGGGAGUGUGAGCCGCGUCCGCUCGACGGGGCCUGUGCCUGAGGCAGCGGCUGCUCGAGUGUUUGAGAGGGAGGGGAGGGUGGCGAGCGGAGGGAGGCCCCCCCCCGGCCGUCCUGCCCUCCGCCCUCCCGCCUCGCCUCCUCCAUCACCCGCCCUCCGCCGCCUCGCCUGUGCCCCCCUCCCCUCGCUGCCCGGCAUGGAAGGCGGCGGGGGCGGCCCUGAGGGGAUCGGCCUGGAUCAAAUGUUCAAUGGUUCUUCUGGCAACUAUCUUCAGAAGAAUAAUUACUCCUGUUCUGCUCUUGCCAUAAUCCCAGGAUUCUGUGACCUACUCAGCAGUGCUAAAUACCAGCAGAGAAUCACAUUUUCUUCAUUCUGUGUAGAUGGAACAGGAAUCACUCUUGAGAGUCCAUACGGAUUUUAAGCUGCUUACUUGGUUUUCUGGGAUUCAAGGUGCUCCAUGAAUCAGGGCCCCCCAAAUGAGUCAAACAGCCAAUUCUUGCCAACAGUUGGUUGAGAACUGUGCCACACAUGUAGCAGGGAUGGCGCAAGAGGACAGUCGCCGCGGUCAAGUGCCACCCACGUUUUAUCAUGGUGCCAGCCAGGAGCUUGAUCUGUCCACCAAAGCGUACAAGAGAGAGUCAGGAAGUCCUUACCCUGUGUUGGUGGACAGCAAAAUGAGUAAACCACAUCCUCCAUGAAGAGAGGAGCAGCCAUAUUUCAGGGAGAAACAGAUCGGUAGGAGAGGUCCGGCUGUGAAAGAAGAUAGAGAAAACUCUGACGACUCUGAGGAGGAGGAAGAAGAGGAAGAUGAAGUGACUUACAAAAGGGAGCAGAUUAUAGUAGAGGUAAACCUUAACAACCAAACAUUAAAUGUAUCAAAAGGGGAGAAGGGUGUCCCCUCCCAGUCCAAAGAGACUGCUGUUCUUAAGACCAGCAGUGAGGAAGAGGAGGGUGACAGUGGGGACGAGGCCCUUGAAGACAGUAAUGAUUAUGAGGAAAAUGAGAGGCAGAAGAAAAAAGAGAAAAGAGUGGAAAAAGUUAGUGUUGCACAAAGGAGAACAAGGAGAGCUGCAAUCUGCUGCAGCAGCCACAACUUCCCCAUCACCCAGAACUACAAGGUCGUAGAAAGAGUGUGGAGCCCCCCAAGCGUAAGAAGAAAGCUGCAAAGGAGCCCAAGGCACCUGUGCAGAAUCAAAAUGUGACGAGAAGGAGACUUUACCUGUGAGAAGUGCCCCAGGGUGUUUAACACUCGCUGGUACCUGGAGAAGCACAUGAACGUCACUCACAGGCGCAUGCAGAUCUGCGACAAAUGUGGGAAGAAAUUUGUUCUAGAAAGUGAGCUGUCCUUCACCAGCAAACAGACUGUGGAAAAAAAUAUCCAGUGCGUUUCCUGUAAUAAAUCCUUCAAGAAGCUCUGGUCCCUCCACGAACAUACCAAGAUAGUCCAUGGAUAUGCAGAAAAGAAAUUCUCUUGUGAGAUUUGUGAAAAGAAGUUCUACACCAUGGCCCACGUGCGGAAACACAUGGUUGCACACACAAAGGACAUGCCAUUUACAUGUGAAACCUGUGGAAAAUCUUUCAAACGCAGUAUGUCUCUCAAAGUACAUUCCCUACAGCAUUCUGGAGAGAAACCUUUCAGAUGUGAGAACUGUGAUGAGAGGUUUCAGUACAAGUACCAGCUGCGUUCCCACAUGAGCAUCCACAUUGGGCACAAACAGUUCAUGUGCCAGUGGUGUGGCAAAGACUUCAACAUGAAACAGUACUUUGAUGAGCACAUGAAAACACACACUGGAGAGAAGCCCUUUAUCUGUGAAAUCUGUGGGAAAAGCUUUACCAGUCGCCCAAAUAUGAAGAGGCACCGCAGAACUCACACAGGGGAGAAGCCGUACCCGUGUGAUGUCUGCGGCCAACGCUUCCGCUUCUCCAACAUGCUGAAGGCACACAAGGAGAAGUGCUUCCGUGUCACCAGCCCUGUCAACGUCUCACCUGCUGUCCAGAUCCCCCUCUCCACGACUUCUUCUGCCACCACGGUCCCUGCUGUAGUCAGUGUCCCUACCGCCCCAACUCCACCCAUCAACCUGAACCCAGUGAGCACGCUUCCUCCGCGCCCCAUUCCCCACCCCUAUUCACACCUUCACCUACACCCUCAUCCUCACCAUCCACAUCAUCUCCCAGUCCCCCCUGUUCCUCAUUUACCCCCCCCUCCAGCUCUUUUUAAGAGUGAGCCUUUAAAUCAUAGAGGCCAGAGUGAGGACAGCUUUCUGAGACACCUGGCAGAAAAAAACAGUUCAGCACAGCACCACUAA